UGAAACCGAGAGGACGCGUCGUUCCUCCCUUACGUUGACUCGCUCGCCACAACAGCAGCAGCGUCGCCCCCACACCACUGUCAGGUGUAGUGUGUGUCACAGUGAUGUAUAGUGGAUCUUGUACUAAAUAAUUAACAGUGUGAUAACAGGAAUUUAUACUCUGUUAGUGGGUGAGGACAUGUGGUAGAGGCUGCGGUUUUGUUGUCUCGUGAUUGCAAGAUGCUGGGACCUGCGGGAAUGCCCCGCGUUGGACACUCGGUGACCUGGUCUGACCGGGAGGUAAGCGUCUUAUCACCACCCGUUCCACAUAUCCUCGUUAGUGCCGAGAGUUCUGCAUUGUCGCGUCUUGACCGAUACUUCGACCCACAACCGCCCCCGCGCCCCGCCAAGCCCGUGGGUCUCUUGCCAAAGCCUUCCCCCGCCCCGGCUUCCAAGACCAGCACACAGUCCAGUCUCAUGAUCGGGCCGCCGCCCCUUAUCGACGGCGCCGCCUGCAAGACGUCGACGUGGACGUACAAGCAAGUGACGUCGGCACGCAACUCGGGUGUGUCUGACGUGGAGAAGGGAGUCAGGUUCCGGCCGGAGCGUCGGGAGAGGCGACCUGUGCAGAAAUUACAAUGGCGAGAAAGCGCCUGGUCCAGGGGUUUCAAUGGCUCCAAGGAUGACUAUCUCGAUCUCGACACCCGCAUCACAGCCUCAUCCUCGUCGGAUGGGUCGCCGCGCCACGCCAUCAAACGGAUUCUGUUGCUGACUGAAAAUUUCCAGUACCGAGACGCUGCUUCCUUCAUCCAUCGCCUCCCCGCUGCCACCUUCAAAGUAAUCGUUGCUGACCUGCCCAUAGACGUGCUGGUGGAUGCUAUGCCUCACUCACUUCCUAUCGUGGAGGCGCUCUAUUGCAAAGUGAGCGAGACUGCCCCAGUCGUGCCUGGCUCUACUCGCAUCUUGCGUCCCGAGGCAGUCGUCUGGCAGAUGGUACGAUUCUUCGCCCAGCAAGAGGAAUGUCUCACGGGGGACAUCCGCUGGGAAUUUUGUGGACCCUUUGUGACCUCCUGCAAGAAGGUGUUGCGCGUCAUCGCCCGCUCUGAACCUAAAAUCCGCAAGAUCUUACAACAGCGACGCAAGCAACUGGAGAAGGCCAUCGAGGGUAUGGGCCACCACGGCCUCGUUGGUACUUCCGAUGAGUCUCUUCAGAGCCUUCACGACGCCCUCAAGCUUGAGUUCGAGAAGGUUGUUAAGUCAUACACGCAGGCCCUUGAGAAGCUGGAGGAGCUUAGUCUUAGCAACAAAGCGUCGCUGCAAAGGAGUAUCAGCCACGGUCCCGCCCCCAUCCAGGCGUCCCACCAGCGGCAGCUCUCCAUCACCCAGGAGGAAGUGCAACAGAGACUCAUCAAGAACAAAACGCUCCUCAAUGUGGUCGAACCAACUCUGGGGAACCACUCACUCGACGUGUUGCUUGGGAUCCUCCAGCGACGAAUCGAGUACGACAAGGAGACGCUCUUCCAGUUCACGCAACUCCGGAAGGAGGCCAAAGAGGUGGAUGGCAACGCCGUCAUCGCUCCUAUCCUCAUGCGCUAUACCCAUGGAUGUGAACAGAUUUGUUCUACUCGUGAAAAUCAAAAACAGGUGUAUGAAAUUAAGUUCACUUUUAGCGGUGGUUCAAGAGUUUCAGUGUCACUAUAUGGAUCAGUUGAGGUUCAGAGGUUCACAGUGUCACCAUAUGGAUCAGUUGAGGUUCAGAGGUUCACAGUGUCACUAUAUGGAUCAGUGAGGUUCAGAGGUUCACAGUGUCACCAUAUGGAUCAGUUGAGGUUCAGAGGUUCAUAG